CAACUUUGUUGAGUGAAAUUUGUGUUUUUACCCAUUAAAUAACACAGCCAAGGUCGUCAGAAGGUUAAGUCACUCAUAAAAUGUCUAGAUCUCCUGGUCCCAUAUUGGUAUACGAUCGAAAGAAAAGGAAAUGCACACUGCAGGAAGACGAUGAAACUGGUAGAAACCUUUUGCGUUUGUUGGAAAUAUUACGUACAUAUAAACCUGAUCUGGCUUCUGAACUGUUGCUCUCACUGAGUUCAUUUCCAAGGUUCUUAAGCUGUGUCCAAAAUCAAUAUCUUCUCGACAAUUUCGACCCACUUGUAUUUAUCGGAGAUGGUGGUUUUGGAACCGUUUACAAGACAAGACACAUAAUUGACGGAAAAGCCUACGCAAUCAAAAAGAUUUCCGGGUCACGUUCGCGAGAUACUCUUGAGCUUGCUAGGUCUGAAGUGUAUACAAUGUCGCGACUUAAUCAUGUAAACAUAGUCAGAUAUAUUACGUCUUGGCUAGAUUACGAAUGGAUAUCUGUUGAAAGCAAUAGUGAGGUAUCCAACUGUAAUCUCACUUCUACACGUACUAAUAAUUAUUUAACUCAUCCAUCAAACAUUAUGAAUAUAAAGCAUGUUAAGUCUAGAAACAAUCAUACUUCUGUUAAAUCUUCAUUUAACACUCUUCUUACGCCUAAUGAAUUCAAUGAUUCUUGGGAAAUUAAUGAAAAUCCAGAAACUAAUGGCUUAUCACUACCAGAUGGAAGACGAAAGAAAAAACGUAGAAAUAAUCUGAAAAUUGACACUUCAUCAGAUAUCAAAGCAUUGAUUCCUAGUAAAGAAUUAAUUCCUGUCAAUCAUUGUGAUAAGUCACAUCCCGGUAUGUAUAUUCGACGACCUGUUCUGUGUAUUCAAUUAGAACUAUGUCAGUAUAACUUAGCAGAUUGGCUACAGCAUAGAAAUAACUUGCUCUCUAUUAAUACUCCUGUCCCCAAUAAUCAAUUGAAUAUCUCACCGCUUUUAUAUCAAUCAGUUCAACGUGCUCCUGUUCGUUGGUUAAUGGAUCAAAUAAUUUCAGGUGUUGCGUAUUUACAUUCUGAAAAUGUAAUUCAUCGUGAUCUUAAGCCUGAAAAUGUACUAAUAUGUGGACCUCCAUUGCAUUCAAUCACUAAUAUCCCAUGUACAUGUAUUGUUGAUCGACGAUUAUCACAUAAAUAUUUAGACAACGAAAGAGAAAACUCAAUCAAUUUGUCUUCAUCUUCCCUUUUACUAACAAAUAAUAAUGAUUAUAAUUAUAAUGACAGUAGUUGUAUGCAUUCACUUUCAAAAGCAUCAAAUUGUUAUCAUCAAUUAGUUGUGAAAAUAUGUGACUUUGGAUUGGCUAGAAUAUUGUUAGAUUAUUCAUCAUUUAAUUUGAUGAAUUCAUACUCUGAUUCACCAAUAAAACAUACAUCAGACACUUUCCAAUCAUUUAACAAAAACACACAUGUACAAAAUCCAAAUGAUACCAACAUAUCGAGAUUUGCAUGUCAUUUAAAUUCAUUAUCUUUAUCACAGUCAAAUCAACCUUCAUUUUUUAAUGGAACUAGUUCAUUUCCUAAUGAUGAUGAUAAUAAUAAUAAUGAUGAAGAUGAAGAUAACGAUGAUGAGUAUCCAUCGUUAUCGAUAUUGUCAACAUCAUCUAGUCGAAGUACCGAUUCGGAUAGUUUAAUUCAAUUUAAAAAUAGUUUACGAUAUUCUUCAGAUAAUUUAUCAGAAACUGAUGAAUCGAUAAUGAACUCUCUACAACCCAAUCAAAAUAUAAGACAGAAUACAAUGAAAUCUAAUCAAGAAUUCACUAUGGUGAAUUCAUCUAGUAAUAAUAAUAAUAAUCUAUGCGAAACAAGUGAUAACUCUGACGAAAAACAUUUAUUGUUGUCAAAACAUAAACCUGUAACGACAACUAAAACACAUCAGACUUUGUUUUAUUUAACGGCCGAUUUAGGCAGUUCGAUUUAUACUGCACCAGAGGUUCAAAAUUCUUGUAAAAAUAAAUCAAAUCAACGAACAUUGUAUAAUUAUAAGGCUGAUAUUUAUAGUUUAGGUGUAAUAUUCUUUGAAAUGUUACAUCCAUGCUUCACAAGAUCCGAAUUAAUAACCUAUUUAGAACAAUUUAUCAAUGCAUCAUCAUUAACUAAUUGUCAUAAUAUAAAAAAUCAAAAAAUCUCAAAUGGUGGUACCAACCAGUGUAACAUUAAUGUUCAUACUAUACAUGGAAUUAUGGAUUAUUUGUUAGAUAUAUUUCCUCGUUCAAUGCAGUCAACUUGGCCUUAUGAAAGUCAAUUAGUUGCUAGAAUGUUAAAUCUUCAUGUUCAAUAUCGUCCUAAUGCAAUGGAAGUUUUAGAAAUAUUGUCAGUCAACUCAGAGAGAUUUAUGCACCCAACUUUCAGCUACACUGUUUGUGUUAAACUAUGUGAUGCUACCCUAUUGUACAAAUUGAAUCUGGACUUGUACUCCGUUGGUUGAAAACCGAAAACUUUAACCAUCAAGUCAUCGCUCUUUUUAUCAACCUAGAUAUUGAAAUCAUUUGAUAAUCUAAACUGCUAAUACUCACAGUCAAUUUUCUGUAGUAUUAAGGUUUUAUAACAAAAUUUAUGGUUUUUACAGGUAAGACUGAUUCAAUUUAACUACAUUUUACAUUAAUUAUUAUAUUUUACUAUUUCUCAUUUUUUCAAUUUCAUUCGUUUACUUUACUAGUUCCCAGAUCUCGUGGAAAAUCACAUCACUGUAGAUGCAUCUAAUUCAUCCCUAGAUAUUGUUUCCAAGAAUUUGAUAAUAGAAUCAACAAUACACGAAGACAAGAAAAUAUACUAUCCACUGAAAGGUAACUUCUCAAAUUAUCAAUUAAUUGAUUAUCUGAUAUGGCGUAAUCGAGAACUGGAACAAAAACUGCAUGAAGCACAAGAACGUCUUUCUGUGUAUGAAAAAGCAGAUAAAGUAGAAAAUGUAUAGUGAUGAAUUUUCUGCAUGUUUAGUUUUCAUCACUAGAUAAAAUGAGCCAUCUCUAUGAUCAUCUAACUUUCUUCAUGAUAGUUCCAUGUAUAUAACAUAGAAAUAGAUGUCUAUUUAUUUUGAAUUUUUUUUCUUUUAACUAAAUGAAUCUUAUGAAUAACACUUAUCAAAGUUGUACAUAGUCGUAUUUUGUCAAGUAGUCUCUUUGAGACGGAAAUUUUCCUCAUUGUGUUACCUUCGUUAUUUCUUUUCCGGCAAUCAUAAAAUCUAGAUGAAUGUUCUAA